GUCCCAUGAUCCUCUCUGUUCUAGAUCAUAUGUUCAUAGAAGAAUACCUGGAAGAAGAUGAGGAACCACCUUUGCUGCUCAGCUCUUGUCCUUCUCACGGUGUUUGGCACUGGAGGGACUGUAGCCGUGCAGUGUCGGUGGGGGGAGGGGUGUGUGUGUCUGGCGUGCCCCAGUGGCCAAGAGCCAAUCAAGGCUUGCUGGCAGGUCGAGGGGCCAGGCAAGGCGAUGCGAUGCCAAUCUUGUCCAGCUGGUACUUUUUCGGACGGCUAUGACUCUGAUCAAUGCCGCCCACAUUCCUCCUGUGGGGUCCUCAACAAAAAGGUUGUGACCUCUGGUACAUCGCACUCUGAUGCUGUCUGCGGAGACUGUCUGUAUGGGUUCCACCCCACUGCUGGGAGGACAGCCUCCACCCUGGCCUGUGUGAGAGCCCCCCCUGCCCAGUCUACCCACGUGCGCGUGGUGCGUACGGUGGAUAAGGGUUCGACGGGCAGUGGCGGCCUGCCGGUGAACGGUACAGCAGUGCGGAGCCCGGAGGAGAAGAGUACAGAGUAUGCAGUGUUCGCCCUGGUGCCAAUCUUCUGUGUGAUGGGACUCCUGGGGAUCCUCAUCUGUAAUAUCCUCAAGAAGAAAGGAUACAACUGCACUGCUGAGAAGGAGGGAGGAGACGAGGAGAAUGCUACACCACAGAAAGAGGGUAAUGCUUGUCCCUACAUCGUAGACGAUCCUAAUGAAGACACCAUCAGUGUUCUAGUGCGCCUCAUCACAGAGAAGAAAGAGAAUGCUGCUGCCCUGGAGGAGCUGCUACUGGAGUACGAGAGUAAACAGAUGGCCAUCAGCAAAGCCUCCUCAAUCAAGUUCCCGGUGCUGUCUCCGUUGACUCAUUUCCUCUCCUUACCCAGACUAUGUCCUCACCAGUCUCACCUCCACACCAUCUCUGGUCUGUCUGGCCCCCGACAUGGCUACUGCUGCUCCCGCUGUGCCCAGAAGAAAUGGCCCCCCCUCGGCCCCCUCAAACCCCCAAAGUUCCUCCUGACCCCCCUCAAACCCCCUCAGUCUCUCCUGUUACCCCCUCUGGACCUCCAGAAGACCCCUCUCCUGCCCCCCGUGGACACACACCACUCCACCACUAAGAUCUCCCAGACGCCCAGGGCUGGGUCAGGGUUACUCCCUGAAGGGAAGUGGAGGAUUCCUGGGGAGGUGACCCGGUCUGUUGGGAGGUUUCAGGUGGCUCAGAUUCAGGAGCAGAGGCCUGGUUCCGUGGAGAUGACGUUCUGCCCAGAGUCGAGUGACUCAGACCCAGUGGAGGAUUCAUCUCUGCUGGGGGCGAACAAGUCAUCCUCGUCAUCAUCCUCACCAGCUGCCAGGGGUACACAGGAGGUUAACAGCUAAACAUUCGCAGAGAGGAAUGCUGGGUAAAAAUAACUCUACCUCGCUGAUCGAUGGAUGUGAUAGGAUUCCAAAAUGGCGACCAGAGAGGUUGUGAUUUGGGAAGUUAGCCUGGUGCCAGACAAAGGGAAACCCUUGUAUUUUAACACAAACAAGUUGUAUCUAUUCCUAUUGUCUUUAGAGGCAGGGAGAAGAGAGGAGGAACAAACUAUGAAUUAACCCAACCGUGUGGUCAACACAGUCUGCACUCGACACUGUGCAAUACACACACACACACACACACACACACACACACACAUGGGGGUAGGCCUACACACAUAGAACACAUACAAAAAAGAACAAGUAUUAUUAUAGGAAACAACUCUAAUUUGUAGUGUAGAGAACUUUUAAUAAUUUUUCUAACACUUUCAGCUGUUUUGACUUGUUAUAUUUGAAACGCUGAUUAGCGUAAGUUUUAGGCCUUCUUGAUAAUGUUGAAUGUAGUCUCCAACAUUGAUAGACAUAAUGAUAUACAAACAGCAUGAACUACAUGUUGUAUUCUUUAGCUCUUAUAGAUGGCAUUUAACUUCAUUUAGUUUCUGAUUAAAGAUUAACAUUUGGUAACAGCAGUGUAAAUGACUGUAUAUAUGUACAUAGGGCUGUGAAUAUUGAAACUCUUAGAUUUGACCAGAGGAGGGUCGGACAGCGACAGGGAGAGGGUCAGGGAGAGGGUCAGGGAGGAGGUCAGGGAGGAGGUCAGGGAGAGAAUCAGGGAGGAGGUCAGGGAGAGGGUCAGGGACAGAGUCAGGAACAGGACAGGACAGGACAGGGUCAGGAACAGGACAGAGUCAGUCAGGGACAGAGUCAGUCAGGGACAGAGUCAGUCAGGGACAGAGUCAGUCAGGGACAGCGUCAGUCAGGGACAGCGUCAGUCAGGGACAGCGUCAGUCAGGGACAGCGUCAGUCAGGGACAGCGUCAGUCAGGGACAGCGUCAGUCAGGGACAGGGCAGUCAGGGACAGCAGUCAGGGACAGCGUCAGUCAGGGACAGCGUCAGUCAGGGACAGCGUCAGUCAGGGACAGCGUCAGUCAGGGACAGCGUCAGUCAGGGACAGAGUCAGUCAGGGACAGAGUCAGUCAGGGACAGCGUCAGUCAGGGACAGCGUCAGUCAGGGACAGCGUCAGUCAGGGACAGCGUCAGUCAGGGACAGCGUCAGUCAGGGACAGGACAGCGUCAGUCAGGGACAGGACAGCGUCAGUCAGGGACAGCGUCAGUCAGGGACAGGACAGCGUCAGUCAGGGACAGGACAGCGUCAGUCAGGGACAGCGUCAGGGACAGGACAGAGUCAGGGACAGGACAGAGUCAGGGACAGGACAGAGUCAGGGACAGGACAGAGUCAGGGACAGGACAGAGUCAG